AUGCAUCUCGAAAGUACCAUCUACUUCUACCUCGUUAUUAGAGUGCUAUGUGUGAUUAACUGCUUAGUGAUGUUAUUUUGUGUUGCAUUGUCUUCCGGUUGGACCAGUCGCAUAGCAGCCAUUAUUGGUCUCAUUUUCGAUUUGAUCUCCAUAAUUUUUGUUGGUGGCUCUAUUGGUACACUGUUUGUAUGGGACUUAGCAAACAUGUCGUUGCCGAAGCGCUCUCUAUUCAUGUUGGUAUUCAUGCUGACGUCCAUCAUCACGGGCGUGAUGUUUUUCAUUGCACCUGGAACUUGUGAUUCAUUCAAUCAGUAUGGAUGCUUUCAAACGUAUUACUCCGGUGCCUAUAAAAUUGCUGGGGCCAAAGUACCGUUGGAGAUUGUGAUUGGUUUGAAAGUUUUGAGGGAUAUUCGACCAAAGUAUUACGUCAAACCUAAAGUACUAAUGUCGCAUCAAUUUGAAAAAAUUCGCAAAUCCCUACGUGAACGCAUCUGCUCAUGAAA